GAUGAUCCGUGACCUCGCCUUCUGUUGAUGCACUUUAGCACCUUUUUCCGGAGCCCCCACCGACCCGCGAACCCCCACAGCUGAUGACCAAAGCCAGCGCUGCCCCGCCUCCCCGCCGUCGCCCCGAGCAACGCGCCUCCUCCUCCUCCUCCCACCCCAGCAGCCCCUCCCUCUGUCGCGAGUCGCUGCGGGAGGUCCAAGGAUGUUCCAGAGGUUCGCCAGCGCUCUGUUUGGGGACGACGGCGAGGAGCUGAGUCGACGCGGCGAGGAGGAGGAGGAGGAGGAGGACUGGAUCCUGGUCAACUACCUGGCCGAUGGCGACGGCCUCUCCGGCUCCACCCCCGGUCCAAAGGAGGAGCAGGAGGAAGAGGAGGAAGAGGAGGACCUGGUGAUGGUCCCCUCCCCCGUGGACAAUCCCCAGAUCCGCUACUCCUCCUGCACCUCCCUCAACUCCACGGCUGACACGGACGGCGGCGCUGAGGAGGAGGAAGAGGAAGAGGAGGAGAGCGGGUUCCUCCGUCUGAACGCCUGCUCCCUGGAGGAGAGCUGGUUCGUCACGCCGCCGCCGUGCUUCACGGGGCGCGGCGUGCAGCCGGCGCUCCUGGAGGCCAGCCCUCUGGAGAACCUGCUGAUCGAGCACCCCAGCAUGUCCGUCUACGCCCACCGCAGCCCCCCCAGGAGGACCCUGGACCCCCUGCCGCGCUCCCUCGACCUGGAACUGGGCCUGUUGCCUGGCAACGUGCCCGCCGCGAUGGCGCCAUCUGCCGGGAAAGAGAAGGGAAGACGCACGCUGGACGGCCCUCGACACAGCCCUUGCAGGCCGGAGGUGGCGGUCGUCCCGCGGCGCUCCACCCUCCACUCGGCUUGCUACGCCGCGGCGCUCUCCGCCCGCGCCGGCCUCCUGCAGCAGCGGGACAGCAACGCCGGCCAGCGCGGCAAGCCGCUGUCCCGCAACGCCAUGCGGCGCCUCAACAUGCUGCGGCCCCCGAAGACAAGCUCCGCCCACCUGCAGCAGCCCAGCCAGAGACACCUCAACUUUUGAGAGCUCAUCAUCAUCAUCAUCAUCACCACAGAUAACUAACCGCCUCUUCUUAUCAAGAGCUCAACACCAGCAACGUGUCAUCGCUAUCAGUCACACCCCCGAGCCGAAAUUUGGAGGGGUUUUAGUUGUUAUGAUAUUCCUCCCUCAUAUUGAUGCUAAGGAAAUAAAAAAGCGUCAUCACGUGACCCCUACCCCACCCACCCGGUCCUCUCCCUCCUCCGUUGUCAUAGCAACGGCCUCUCUUCUUCUUCACGGACAACUUAAUGAGUAGAAUCAAUGCUGUAGGUCACUUUACUCAGAGGCAGGUUCGUCAAGCGCGGCUCGGGUGAUGUCACGGUGAUGUCACAGUGAUGUCACAGCCCGUUUCCCGUUCGGGAGCCACUUUGGUUUAAAGCUCCACGUUGCCGGUUUGCUACGUCUAGCAGGAAACGCGAUAUGUCCGAACUAAAGGGGAAAAUCCCCUCAAAUUGUCUUUAAGUUGCUUUGUUUCUAGAAGAAGAGUUAUUGCGUCUCCCACAAUGCACCAGGAGAAAAGAUGAACACUGUUGUGUUCUGUGAGCUUGAAGACAACUUUGAAUUAAAUCAGAAAACCAGUUCGGGAGGCUCUCCCCUGUUGCAUUAUGGGAGAUGUAGGUACAAGUUUAAAACAAACUGAUCUAAAGACGAGAUGUCCCGGCUUCCGAUGCUUCGGUAUCAGAUGUUAUUUUUUUAAAUCCGUCUUUCAUAAGACCUCGUUUCAUGGAAUUUCUUUGCUGCAAUUUACUAGAAGUAAAUAUUCAACAUGUAAAAAUGAAGAAAGCAGUUUAUUUAUUCAGUUUGUUGUCCACGUCAAAUGAAAAGCUGAAACUGUAACAACUGGUUUAACGGGUGACUCCUGUCUUUUAGAGUCAUGUCCAUGAAGUCCCGCUGUGGCGCCUCCGUUAGCUUCCGUUAGCUUCCGUUAGCUUCCGUUAGCUUCUCGCUGAACCUGCCUCUGACUCCGUAAUUCAGUACUUUUCACAAAAAAAAGAAUAGAAAUACUGGGUUAAAUAUCACUAAACGCCUUGUUUUAACGGUAGCUUUGAGAUGAAUAGAAAUGUUUAAAGAUAAAAAUGUAUUUAAAAAAAAAAAUUCCAAAAUAUUUUUUUAAAAAGAAAAAACAAAUUACAUAUCAGUAUGAAGUCCGUCUAUUUCUUGCUUGAGUACGUCUGGUCGUGUGCGAUCUGUUGCAUGGUUGUACAGCUGUGUUCCUGUGACGGCAGAAAUAAUGAAAAUGAAAAAAAAAUAGUGUUUUUGUUCUUAAAUGAAUCUGCAGUCUUCUUCUUCUCAGGGCCACAAACAAUCACAUUUACUCUCUAGGAAAAUGCAGAUUUACUUGACGAAUGGCGAUUCUUUUUAUUUCAUCCUCUCCGUCCUGUUUGCAAGAAACAGCUUUUUAGUUUUAAUUUUGUCUGAGAACGAUGGAGAGAAACUGUUUUUAGUUUACUUAACCUUGUUUUGUAAAUGUCCUUUAUGCUUUUUAACUAUUCUAGUUCUUCUAUGUUGACAUAGUUACAUUUUAUUAAAACUGUUAGUUUUCAACCAAAAAGGCAAGGAUCUUCCAUCCUUUCACUAGUGUCCCCACACUGCAGGACUUCUUAUUCCUCACCUUCAAACAGGGAAGGACUCAUUUCAAAUUUCUCAUGUUUUUUUUACUUCUUUGAGCAACACAUGAGCAGUAAUAAGUUGUUUGAUUCGUGGAAGGAACACUUCUAACCUUUGCUGUGUGGUCUGUGAAUAACCUUCAGAACGCACUAACAAACUGUAAAUAAUCCCUAAUCGAGUGGUGUUUUUAAUCCCUUCCCUUUCUUCUCUUACUUGUCGAGCUCUGUAAUCACGGACAAUGAUUUUUGGGAGUUUUACGUUAGAAGCCGAUGUGUGAGGAUCCGUCUCUUUUUUUUAUUUCUUUAGUUCAUCUCUCCAUCAUCAAACUAACAGGGAUCUGUAAUGUUCUUAUUUUGUUUUAUGUUCAAUGCCUUGAAAUUUGUGGAACUCGUGCCUUCCAGGUUUUGAAAUGUAAUGACAAUGCAUCGAAGAAGAACUUGAACUCCCGGUUUUAUUCUUUUGUUUGUACGUAACGAGUUAAAAUCCCACAAGCGGACAUCAGAAACCAGCUAUGCACCACUCGAAGCUUAUUUGUGCUUUUGACUCGACAAAAACCCGACAGAUGUAGCAAAACCCCUUUUCUCCUUGUUUGUUUUAACAAAAAAAUUCGGAAAAAUAUUUUGUGGCAUUUUAUUUUCAUUAGUGUCCGAUGCUUUUUUUGUUUUGUUGUAUUUUACUGGAAAAAUCCAGAACUUUGCCAAAAAAGGGAAAAAGGUGUAGGAAUUUUUAGGGUUAACUAACGGAGAAACCUUUUCUCUGUCUUUUGUAUUUUUGGAUGUUUGGCAGAUCAAUUCACUCAGUUCUGAUGUUGGAAAAAAAGAGCUAAUUUUAAGUAGGGUCAUCUGUCUUUUAACUGUUUUAGUUACUACAUAUGAUCUCUCAUUAGCCUAAAUAAUAAUAAAUGUUUUCGUACAUGG